UUAGUGGAUCAAGCACAACUUUCCCCCAGUUUGCUCUGAAGGAACCACCUUGAAGCCUGUGCCGCUUGUUACCGUCCCUACACCGUCUAUAUUUAGGAUGCUUGUUGUGGCGCUGGUCAGCUGUGACCCUGCGGCAGGACACGCCUCUGGGCUGAAUGGAGUGCGCCGUGCGUAAAGUCCAGUCUGCAGCGGAUCCCGACUUUGUCGCUUCUUUUGGGCUUUCCACUGGUAUUGGUAUCGGUGUCGCCGAGCAGCUUAUUGGGGACUAUCAGUUCCGCGAUGACCCGAGAGGAGGACCUGAUCCGGAUCGCUAAAAAGCUAGACAAGAUGGUGUCUAGAAAUAACACGGAAGGUGCCAUGGACCUGCUGAAAGAGUUGAAAGGCUUCAGCAUGACGCUUAAACUUCUCCAGGAAACAAGAAUUGGCAUGUCUGUGAACAACAUCAGGAAGCACUGCAGAGACGAAGAAGUUGUCUCUUUGGCAAAGAUCCUCAUUAAAGAAUGGAAGAGACUUCUUGACUCUGGGGAUUCUCUCUCUGAGAAAGUUGCUGAAAUGAAGAACGGUUUGGACCCCAGGAAACCUGCAGCAGCAGCUGCAAACAGCUCCUCCUCAGAGCCACACAGCAGUCACAGGAGGCCGGAGGCCACACUGAAACAUGAAUCAGAUUCUGACAAAAACAGGAAAGAGAGACACAACAAUAACAACGUAAACGAAAAGAGGCACGGAGAUGAUCCUAGGUUUGAUGGAAACCACCCCGAAGAGCACCAAAGUGAGAAGCACCUUCAAGAAAUCAGAGCAGAAAAACAAACGCCUGCAGAGAAAGUGGAAAUGGAUGAUGGGAAACACAGGCACAUACAAGACAUGCAGAGCGACAAACACAAGUCAGACCCAUUCAAAGACAGAUCAUUGGGAGAUCUGAAAAAGAUGAGGAAUGUUGAGCAACUGAAACGAAAGAAACCCCCCGAGGAGCCUAGGAAACAUGCAGAAGAAGGGAAGAAGGAUAAAAACAAAGAGAAAAGCAGACAGGAGUGGCCUGUCGGCACAGCUCAGACAGAGAAGCCCAUUGAAGCUCAUAAACUAAUCUUUGAAAGGAGGGGAGUGCUGGACAGCAGCGUACUGUAUCCCACCGGCUGCCCCUCUCCUCCUCGACCCGCUCGGCCUCUUUUACCCGCCAAACGUCCUUCUGUGGACUCGAAAAAAGACAGGAAGAAGGAGAAGGAGUCCUCCUCUCGACACCCUCACUCUCACGGCCCUUCACCGGCCUUUCCGCCUCCAAAACGACCUGCAGUGGAUAUAAAGAAAGAGAGGAAGGUUCCUCUGGACCCAAAUGCUCCAAUAGCUCCUCUUCCUUUCCACCUCCAUCCACCUCCACAAAGAAAAGAGCCUCCUGACCCCAACGCUCCCCUUCCUCCGCUCCCACUCCACCUUCACCCCCCCGCUCCUCCACCGAAGCGCCCCUCAGUCGAUGGGAGCAAGGAAAGAGACAGCAGCAGCAGCAGGAAGUCGUCCACAGACUCAAAGCUUCUUCCACAGAAAAAGUCUGCAGAUUGUGUGAAGAAAGACAGGAAAGAUUCAGAUGAUGGCAAAGCAUCUAAAAAGCUCUCAGAUGACACCAAGAGAGAAAGGAAAGAUUCCUCUAACUCUAAAGCAGCUCUUCCCAAAAAGUCCACCAUGGAAGUCAAAAAAGAAAAACACAGCAGGAAAGAUUCCAGUGAUGGGAUGCCGUGUCAGCCUGCAAAAGGCCACUCUGCUGAAUCCAAGCGCGUCAGACGCGAAUCCACUGAUUCAAAGAGAAGCAGCUCACCACCACCAAAGAAGAUAACGGGUGAAAGGAGAGAGUCUUUGGGUUCAAAGCCUCCUGGACAACCAGAGAGGAAACCCUCUACUGACAGCAUAGAGAGGAAGGGUAAAAUCGAAGCUCCCAGAACUCCCACCACCCCGACCAGCCCGAUGUCACCCAGCUUCAGCUCUCCUGGGGGUCCUCUACCCCCCCACCUGGCUACCGGAGACUCCGUCAGAGACAAGUGCAUUGAGAUGCUGGCAGCCGCCCUGCGCACAGACAAUGACUACAAAGACUUUGGAGCAAACUGUGACAGCAUGGCAGCAGAGAUUGAAGAUUAUAUCUACCAGGGGAGCAGGGCCACGGAUAUGAAAUACAAGAACAGAGUCCGGAGCCGCAUCAGCAACCUGAAGGACCCCAAGAACCCGGGGCUCCGCAGAAACGUCCUUGCAGGCAGCAUCGAGCUGAGCCGCAUCGCCAACAUGUCCGCCGAGGAAAUGGCCAGUGACGAGCUGAAACAGCUGCGGAACGUCCUUACCCAGGAGGCCAUCAGGGAGCACCAGAUGGCCAAAACCGGCGGGACCACCACAGACCUGCUGCAGUGCGGCAAGUGCAGGAAGAAGAACUGCACCUACAACCAGGUGCAGACCCGCAGCGCUGAUGAGCCCAUGACCACAUUUGUCCUCUGCAACGAGUGUGGCAACCGCUGGAAGUUCUGCUGAUGCCAUCUAGGUGAAGCUAUGUUUCUGGAGGACCCUGUAUUGGUUUUUCCAGAUUACUGGAAGAGAACAAGAAAGUGAACCACUGCAGCUGAUGAUUUGAACAAAAACGGUGUUCUUACAAUUUUUACUUGAAAUUUUUCAUAAAUAAAUAAUCAAAGGUGGAUUACUGUGGAUUGGGCGAUUACUUAAUCAUCAAAUCAAUAGAGUUGUAAAUUAAUAUUUAACAUCUUGGACCUGUCCUAAUCACUUUCAUGUGCCCUGUCAUAUCAUAGUGGUUUAUUUUGUAUAUAUCUUCCAAUAAAGCCACAUAAAUCAGUUGCUCUCUGAAGUAUCAUUUGAAUGUCAAAAAAAAGGGAAAAUAAUAAAUAUUUUUAAUUCACGGUUACGAUCUUGGAUGUGUGCAAAAUGCAAAUCAACUUUAUCUUUCUGUGCAGCAUUUUAUCCAUAAUGCCUGCUUUGCAUUUAUAAUAUGCUUUGCUAAAGUCGUAACAUAGUCGUUACUUUUUUACAACAAACAAACAAAAUGACAAUAAAUCACUAAUUAUUGCUUUCUGAGUGGAAAAUGACACUGGUAUCACCCAAAAUAUAAAAUAAUGUGCAAGAGACAUCCUUAUGGACAAAACAUCUCUGCUAUUAAUUUACAUUUGAACAAAUAACGACAUAUCCAAAAUUAUUCACACCCUUGUCAUAAAUUAGUUGGAAAGUCUUCAUUGGAUACUACUGGAACCAAGUGCUUCCCGUGGUUGCUGACCAGCUUUUUGCAUGUCUCUACUUGUAUCCCUGACCAUUCAUCUUUUUUGAGGAGCUCCAAGUCUUUGAAUGUCAUGUUCUCCAGGUGCUUGGUUUUCUUUUGUGUGUAUGUUUUCAGCAGCUCCUUCUUGUUUAUGUUCUAACAGGUCUUGCCAUAUUUUGUUGUUAAUUUUGCCAUCAGUUCACUCCUUUGUGUUUAGUUCUAGUUUAUUCUUUUGUUCUUUGUACAUUUUCAUGUUAUUUCUCUUAGAUCACUAUGUGUCUUAGUUCAGUUUCCUCUGUCUUGAUUAGUCUCCCUCCCUCAGCUACCCCGCCUUCCUUCUGCAACAGCUGCUCCACAUUUCCUCUGUUUUGCUCCUCUGGUUCAUGUGUCAUUCUUCGACCCUGCUUCAGCUUAUAAGCUCACUGGUUUCCUUCGUUCCUUGCUGAAUUGUUCAUUUAAACUGCCUGAUGUUCUAUUAUGCUCUCCGCAUUCUUGCCAGCACUGCCUAUUAUUCCACCUGUAUUCCAUGACGUGUUACUCCCGCGAUUUCCCUGUAAGUUUGCAUUAUUUUGUCAUUAAAACACUCCGUUUUUGCCACAGUCA